UGCGCGCGCCCCUCCCCCGCGCGGCUCCUGGCGCAGCCCAGGCCAGGCUCCAGCAGGAGGAGGAGCUGCGGUGGCCACGGCCGCUAGGGCAGGUCGGCUGCGCCACGGGAAUCCACCGACGGCGCGGGCUGCUGCUCCCCGAGUGGACGAGGCAUGGGCGGCCCAGGGAUCAUGGAGCCUGGUGACGCGGUGCACCCUAGCCCCUGGCGGGCUGUCUGGGCGCUGCCGCUGCGGCUGCUACUUCUCCUGCUCCUUCCGUUGCUGCUGGGUAGGGGGCUGCGUGCGGGGGCCGCGGCCUCCUCUGCUGGGGCGGCGGCCGAGGACAGUAGCGCCAUGGAGGAGCUCGCAACUGAGAAGGAGGCAGAGGAGAGCCACCGGCAGGACAGCGUGAGCCUGCUCACCUUCAUCCUGCUGCUCACCCUCACCAUCCUCACCAUCUGGCUCUUCAAGCAUCGCCGGGUGCGCUUCCUGCAUGAGACCGGACUGGCCAUGAUCUAUGGGCUCAUCGUUGGGGUGAUCUUGAGGUAUGGUACUCCUGCCACCAGUGGCCGUGACAAAUCACUCAGCUGUACUCAGGAAGACAGGGCCUUCAGCACCUUACUAGUGAAUGUCAGUGGGAAGUUCUUUGAAUACACUCUGAAAGGAGAAAUCAGCCCUGGCAAGGUCAACAGUGUAGAGCAGAAUGACAUGCUGCGGAAGGUAACAUUUGACCCAGAGGUGUUUUUCAACAUUUUGUUGCCUCCAAUUAUUUUCCAUGCUGGAUACAGUUUGAAGAAGAGACACUUUUUCAGAAAUCUUGGAUCUAUUCUGGCCUAUGCCUUCUUGGGGACUGCCGUUUCUUGUUUCAUUAUUGGAAAUCUCAUGUAUGGUGUGGUGAAGCUCAUGAAGAUUGUGGGGCAGCUCUCUGAUAAAUUUUAUUACACAGAUUGUCUCUUUUUUGGAGCAAUUAUUUCUGCUACUGACCCAGUGACUGUGCUGGCGAUAUUUAAUGAACUGCACGCAGAUGUGGAUCUUUACGCCCUUCUGUUUGGAGAGAGCGUCCUCAAUGAUGCUGUUGCCAUUGUGCUGUCCUCGUCUAUUGUUGCCUACCAACCAGCAGGGUUGAACACGCAUGCUUUUGAUGCUGCUGCCUUUUUUAAGUCAGUUGGCAUUUUUCUAGGUAUAUUUAGUGGCUCUUUUACCAUGGGAGCUGUGACUGGUGUUGUGACUGCUCUGGUGACCAAGUUUACCAAGUUGCACUGCUUCCCCCUGCUAGAGACUGCACUCUUCUUCCUGAUGUCCUGGAGUACAUUUCUCUUGGCAGAAGCCUGCGGAUUUACAGGUGUCGUAGCUGUCCUUUUCUGUGGAAUCACACAAGCUCAUUAUACCUACAACAAUCUGUCAGUAGAAUCAAGAAGUCGCACCAAACAGCUGUUUGAGGUGUUGCACUUCCUGGCAGAGAAUUUCAUCUUCUCCUACAUGGGCCUGGCGCUGUUUACCUUCCAGAAGCACGUUUUCAGCCCCAUUUUCAUCAUUGGUGCUUUUGUUGCCAUUUUCCUGGGCAGAGCUGCACAUAUCUACCCGCUCUCCUUCUUCCUCAACUUGGGCAGAAGGCACAAGAUUGGCUGGAAUUUUCAACACAUGAUGAUGUUUUCAGGCCUCCGGGGGGCGAUGGCAUUUGCAUUGGCCAUCCGGGACACAGCAUCCUAUGCUCGGCAGAUGAUGUUCACAACCACCCUUCUCAUCGUCUUCUUCACUGUCUGGAUCAUUGGUGGAGGCACGACGCCCAUGCUGUCAUGGCUUAACAUAAGAGUUGGCGUGGAGGAGCCCUCCGAAGAGGACCAGAAUGAACACCGCUGGCAGUACUUCAGAGUUGGUGUUGACCCAGAUCAAGACCCACCACCUAACAACGACAGCUUUCAAGUUUUACAAGGGGAUGGCCCAGAUUCUGUUGGAGGAAACCGGACAAAGCAGGAGAGUGCAUGGAUAUUCAGACUAUGGUAUAGCUUUGACCACAAUUACUUGAAACCUAUCCUCACACACAGUGGUCCCCCACUAACCACCACUCUCCCUGCCUGGUGUGGCUUGCUAGCUCGAUGUCUGACCAGUCCCCAAGUGUAUGAUAACCAAGAACCGCUGAGAGAGGAGGACUCCGAUUUCAUCCUGACUGAGGGUGACCUUACCUUGACCUAUGGAGACAGCACAGUGACAGCCAACGGCUCCUCGGGCUCCCACACGGCCUCCACAAGUCUUGAGGGUGGUCGGAGAACAAAGAGCAGCUCUGAGGAGGUGCUGGAGCGAGAUCUAGGGAUUGGAGACCAGAAGGUUUCAAGCCGGGGUACACCCCUCGUGUUCCCGCUGCAGGAAAAUGCAUGAUUUUUCCCUAACCCCAGAAGCAAUGCAGUCAGCCUCUGGGGUUGAGGGUGGCUGCAACCCCAGUGUUGUUUGAGGUGAAGCAUUGACUGGAUUGAAGUAAUAUUUCUAUUUUAUCAGGGUCUGAAGCUAUUUUAACAAUGAAAAUUUAACCCAAGUUGCAGACAGUGAAGAUAAAAGUGUCACUAAAAUUAAGACAGAUUUUCCCACUUUUUCACAUAGUAGUGUGCUUUCGGAGUUAAGCAAACAAAAACAUAGCAUGCUUUAAUGGUCUUUUAAUUUAUCAGCCUGCAACAUCUGUCCAACAUGGGGCAGGUAUUGGGGAUUCUGCCCAGGAUAAGCUUCAGCCCCCUACUUACUCAGCAGUGCCUGUCUAGCUGGCUGGAAGAAUGUCAAGUAAGGAGAGAACAGGCUAGAAGAAAGACCAUGAAGGAAAGCAUCUGAGGCUGGAUCUCCAAGAAUUCUGUGAUGCCAGUGUAAAGCAGGACAGAAAAAGCUGUUUGAGUGGAAGCUCUGGCAGUGAAGGCUGUGGGACUACAUCCUUCUAUCAUGACUUUUAACUCUGCUACCUGUGUUUCUUCUAGACUGAAGAGUAGAAAAAUAUAUCCAUGAACAUUUCAAUAUGGAGAGAAGAAGUACAGUUCCUUCUCUGGAAUCUCUAUAAGAAAGAAGUUAUGAAAUGUUUAAAACCAAAGGCAAAUAGUGUUACACUGUUGUUUUUAAAAUUAAUCUGAGGACAGGAGAUAUUUAGAAACUAAUAAUAUCACUGCAAAAAUCAUUCAUCUUUUGAGGGCUACUAUGUGAGACUGGGAAAUGAUUAGUAGCACUGAGUUACCUACUGUAGGGGUACAGAUGACACCAACGUUUGUAAGAUACUUAUAUCUAGGGAAGGGAAGGAAGCAAGAAACUGGAAAGGCAAUAGGUUAAUAUUCAGAGGGAAAAGCUGUAAUUGAAAAGUCACCUGCAAUGAAAUUAUAAUACAGGAGUCUCCAGACUGGGUCAGAUUCCAAACUUUGAGCGGAUGUGUGCAUGUGAUUUCAGUGGCCACACAAGGAAUUGGAUGCAAGACAGGGACUGUUAAGCAUUAUUUGACCCAGUAGAAUGUUAUACCUUCUGUCAGAUCAGGAAUCCACCUGUUUUGAUGCCAAGUGCCACACAGAAAGGCAUAAUUUUCUUGGUAUCUGAAGAGGCUCUCACAUCACCUUAACAUGUAGAUGUGGUUUGUGAAAUUUAGGUUUUUAGUUAUCCUUUCUGGAUGUGUUAUUCUAUUUGUGCACACCUGUAGUAGGUGAAAUACUUAGAUAACGCUUACGAAAAGUUUUGGGUCUCUCUUCCUUCAUUUCUGUGCUUUAGCACUAGUAUUUUUGGAAACCCAGUUUCUUUUUUAAAAAAGGCUUUCAUAAUAUGCUGGCAUUUUUCUCUUUAUUGCAGAUGAAAUACUGUCUCAAUCUGGCACACACAUGUGAAAUUAGACCUUUAACCUUAACACACAUUUUUAAUAGUUAUUGUUUCCCUUUAGAGAUGAUCUUGCUGUAUUGCCUAGGUUGGUUCAGUCUCCUGGUUCGAGUGAUCCUUCUGCCUCAGCCUCUUAAGUAAGCUGGGAGUGUAGAUGUGUAAUGUAAUUCCUGGAUAAUUAUUAAUUUUUAAACUAAGACAUAGUUUCACAGCUUUCUGUAUUUGAACUGAUAGUUUUUACAAAUAAAAAAUUUAAUAAUUCUGAGCUAUGUGAAAUUGCUAAUAUUCAACUAUUUUUAAAACUCAGAAAUGGCCAUUUCAUAUAUAUCACUAUAACAUAAUAGAAUGAAUCUUACUGGCUUUUUCCUUUCUACCUACAGUAAAGUUCAUUUUUAAAAUUUUAUGGUUACCCAUGGGCUUUGUAAGUUUGAAUAAAAUUAGACAACUGGCCAGGCAUGAUGGUACAUGCCUGUAGUCCCAGCACUUGAGAGGCAGGAGGAUCACUGAGAUUUCGAGACCAGCCUGAACGACAAAGUGAGUUCAAGGCCAGCCUGAUCUGCAUAGUGAAACCCUGUCUCAAAAAGACCAAGCAAAAACAAAAAACCUAAACCACCUACUUAACUCCAUGAGGCCUCUGGGUCACUAGGUUAGAGGACUUCAUAAGACCUGUGCCUCACAGCCAGAGAAAGAACUUUCUUAGCCUCUAGAAGGGAGGCUCUUAAAUUGAAGAAUCAGAUUGCAGACAGCAGCUGACAGGCAUGGCAGAAUCCUAGAGUUGUGUGUAUGUGCUCAGGCCAAAAGCCAGCACAUGUGCAUUUAUUUUUUUUAUUAUCUUAGUGAUGGCCAGUCAUGCCAUAUAAGCUUAAAAGGUGACAUAUAUUUAUAUUUUUGUGGGAUGUUGUUUUUGAUUUUGAGGUGGGGUCUCACUAUUCCAGGCUGUAUUCGAACUCAUGAUCUCCCGCCACAGCUUCCCAAGUGACUGGGAUUACAGGGAUACACCACUGCCCAUAGCUUAUUUGGUUUAUUUGAAGGGAUAGAGGAAUAGGCUGCCACUAUGGUUGGUCUCUAUAAAGACUUGCUUACAUGCUGCUUAAUUUUGGAGGGGAAAAGCCACAAUGAUAAAGCCAACCAGGUAGGAUAUACCCUGUCUUCAUUCACCUCAAGCCUUUGUUGUCCUUUUGAGUUUCUAGGAAGCUUUCAGCAGAUUAUAACAAAUUGCCCUCUUAGGGAAAAAGAAUAACUACCAUACUUUCCAGCUUAGUCUUUGCUCAAUCUGUAGAUUUUUGUGUUUUCCCCAAAAGGGUCUCGUAGUCUUCACUGUAAUCAUUUAUUCUGACCUACUUAAAUAUAACUAAAUGCAGAUUUGCCAAGACCAAAACUAGGGUUGUAAUUAUUUGAUUAAAUCUUUUAUUCAGUGGCUCAAAGUAAGUUACUUUGACUUGUGGUCCUAAUUUUUGUUCAUAAAAUAGGGAGAAUACCCUGAACUUACCAGAGAUCCUGGGAAGGUCAAUCUGUUUAUUGAAAUGGUUUCACAUACAGAAGUCUUAUUCCUAGGCUGUGUGGAGAAAAGUAGAGUGCCAUGAAGUCCAGGAACCAUCUAACUCAAGGCCAACUGUCUGCUGUCAAUCUGGCAUAAAAACCAGACUUAAAAGUGCUAAGUAGUGUGCAUCCAAUGAAACAAAGUUCUUCUGAGAAAGUCAUCCCUAGUCAUGCUUUUGUUCUGACUUCAGGGAGAUGACAGUCCAAGUACACUGUGCUGUUCUAGAAGAAAGUUUCUGAAUUCUGGCCACACAUUAGGAUCAUUUGGCCAGUUUAAAAAAAAUUAAAAACUUGACACAAAAGCGUCUUGCUCUGAGAUUGAGAUUCAGUAAUUUAGGCUAGGGCCUGGCAUCUGUACUCUGGUUUGGCACUUUAGGAAGUCUUCAUGUGUGGGGCCACAGCUGAGAGCCUUUCAGCUGGAGGUUAGUGAACCAAACUUGGAACCUUAGUUAAAAGAAUGACUUAGCAAAUUUAAGUGUUUUUAAUUGUUAUGGUUUAAAUGUUAAAUGAGGGACAAAUUGAGUAUUGAUCAGUAAUAGAGGCUAGGCAGCUGAAGAGAGUUUACGCUAAUCUUUUUUAAUUCUAAAGAGAAAACAAAAGAAAAUAAUAAAAGAGACAGACAACAACUACAAGAACAACAAAAAACCCAAAACAGUAACAAUAUAGGCUUUCAAAACAAGAUGAUAGGAUAAGAUAUAAAUUUGCGUAUGCUUAUCUUUGCAGAACUCAGGAAUGUACUCAAUGAAGUACAAGUCACACUUGAAAAACUUAGACUCUUUGAGAGAAAAACAUAUGACUUGAAUACAUAUAUAAUUUAAAAUAUUAUCUUCAUCCCUUUUGUGGUCAGACUUUGUCUUUUGCUUGUCCCCAUACCUAAAUUCAUGUCGGAUUUCAUAGAAUAAGUGUAAACUCACUUACUGCCAGAGCACAGGGGAAGGUGGUGGUGUCACAUGGUAGCAGUGGUAUAGCUACAACAGAGAGAGGAUACAAAUCAUUAUUCUUUUUAAUAAUAUUCCUUGUGGAAACCACCAGGAAACGUAAACAUUCCUAGAUAAGGAUUUUUUGCAAUUUAAAUAGGCUGCAUCUCUUCCUAGGAAAUAAGCACAGAAAGGACAUAUGGACUGACACCCAGGGUACUCAGUGGGGUGACCAGACAAAUGAAUGUUGUUGUCUUGAAGCCAAAAAUCACACUGUGAAAUCAAAUGUCUCAUCAAGCAAGUAGCAAGGAGCUCUUUAGACCGUAUUCUCUAGACCUGCAAAUGUCCUCUAGGUUUGGUUGACAAAUGCAACUUUUUAAAAAGAAUGCAAAGUGUUAGCUAUCUAUGAACAUUUCAAUCUAGGACAAAGAAUUAUUCCUUCCAAAAGAGAGCUCUGUUUCUAUUACCCCACACCAACUCAUUCCCUUUCCUCAUCUUCUGUGGAAAUUAAUGUAAUCAUGUCAGAUUUGCUGUAAACUACAAUGCAUUUAGAAAAGAUUGGUAGCAACACAGUUGAACAACUCAUCAGAGGUGAAAAUCAUCUUGGAAAUCUUCCUUGUUCCCAUUGUGAGUUCUAAGAGGUAUAUCAAAAAGCUGACUGUUUCAUUGAUUAUAAAAUGUAAUCUAGAAUGGGAGUAACUUGCUAAGUAUAUGCCUUCUUAUUCCACCUCAGAAGUGAGGGAGCUUGACAACUUUUAUGACUGCCUUUUGAUGUUGAUUCUAUAGAUCAUUUAGUGCAGGCAGGAAUCUGUCAGAUACAUUAGACUACAGUUGAGUUCUGGUGUGUUUUGUUGUUCUGUAAGAGAUAAUCUGGCUUGUUAGGGUCAACUGCUACAUUCUGUCUGAUACAGUAAGUUGAAGGAGUCUAGUGGCCAAGCAUCAUAAUUUAGAAACAACCUAUCUGAAUGCUGUUUUCACUCCUUUGAUACCUAAAAAGCCUUCCUCCUUUUUCAAACAUAGUAAAAACAACAUACAGAGAAUACUGUAGAAAUCAAUGUGAGUGUCUAACCAGGAAAAGGACAAUCCUUUCCAAAUCAGAACUAGAUAAACCAUUCCCUUUUCUGCUUGUUUUCAUACUUUCUUUAAGAUUAGCAAACAUACCUUGUCUUGUCACCCUGUGGUAGUAAAAUUUGUGAAAAGCAAAACCAAAGUUUUUGAUGUUAGUUUUAUUUCAUAAGCAGGAUAUACUAUAACUAUGGCCCACAUGCAAAGCACAGGCAGCCAGUUUGGGUACCUGAGCUUUGGGGGAAGAUGAGAAGGGAGGUGUGUCUACUGUGCUACCUUUUAAAAAGAUGUAACAGAAUUGCCAAAUGUUACAGUCAACUCUCAACUCUUAGCCCUUAGAAAGUUGUCUGGGCCUGAUUAUGUUGGAGGAAUUCAGAAAAGGACUAUAAAUAGCAUGAAGCACUCAACAUCUACUGUCUAAAGCACUUUUCUUUCUUUUACCAUCCAAGUGUUACUGGAUGACUAACUUCAUGGACAUAUGGGGGCUGACUUUGUUGUGCUUAUUCCCAUUGUGGGCUUUGGAGAAACAGAGGAAUGAUUUUCAGUUAUAUGGAUGUUAAAUGUGGAAUUUGUAACUUGUCACUAAAUCACUCAUUCAUCCAAAGUGUGACUUAAUACUCGAAUCAGCUCCUUGUAGAUUGUCUUUUUUAUUUUUUAUGUAAAGUACAUCUAAUACUUACUUGAAAGUUUUAGUAUAUCCAUUAAAAUCAUCAAAUGGGAAGGCCACCAAGAUUCAUUUAAUAUGUGAAAAACAAUUUUUUAAAGUAGAGUAGGAUGAAUUUAACAUGGAAUGAUGUGAUAUUGGGGAAACCUUUUAUAGAGGGCUUACAUAUUGUAUUUGGGGAAAAUUUUGUCUUCUACUUCUAUUCAACAGUAGCAAACUGGUGGUUUUAUAAGAUUAACAUAGUAUGUUAUAUAAAAAUGUUAUAUAAAAUGAUAUUAAAGUAUGUUGUAACUGUGAAAAAAUUAAAGACUUGGAGUUAUCUGCAACUGUUCUGUGCAAUAAGGAAAACUGCAGUAGGCCCCCAAAGUGCUAUCUUUCCCUAACAUUUUACUUAAUGUUUGCCUUUGUGUAGAUGUUUAGAUUGCUAUUGUAAAGCUAGUUAUGUGUCUUUCUGCCCUUUACUGAUUUUGAACACAUUUUCUCAAAGCUUUUUUUUUUUUACAAAACUAAAAAUAAAAAGAUUAACUGGC